CCAUCUUUUGCCCCACAUUAUCAUAAACAAGAAGAAGAAAAAGAGAAAAUGGGAUUAUUUCCUCACGAUAAAACAAUGGUAUUAACAGAGUUCUUGAUUUUGUGCAUGAUCGUUGUCGUUUCAUGUCGAGGUCCAGUCUACACACCACCAGAAGUCGAGAAAUUAACCGAUAAAUUUAGCCGAUUAUCAGUUAAUCAGGGUUAUAAUGUGUUUUAUGGAGGUACUAAUAUUCGUAUGACAAACAAUGGGUCCAGUGCUGAACUUAUCUUAGAUAAAUCUUCAGGUUCUGGACUGAUCUCUAAAGACAAAUACUACUAUGGUUUCUUCAGUGCUGCACUAAAAUUGCCUGCUCACUUUACAUCAGGAAUCGUAGUUGCCUUUUAUAUGUCAAAUUCAGAUGCGUUCCCACGCAACCAUGAUGAAAUUGACUUUGAAUUGCUUGGGCAUGAGAAGAGAAGAGAUUGGGUUCUGCAGACUAAUCUUUAUGGCAAUGGAAGUGUUCACACAGGGAGAGAAGAAAAAUUCUAUCUCUGGUUUGAUCCCACACUGGACUUCCAUGACUAUAGCAUCCUUUGGAAUGAUCAUCACAUAGUAUUUCUUGUGGACAAUGUGCCAAUAAGAGAGGUGGUUCACAACACAGCCAUCUCUACUGUCUACCCUUCAAAGCCAAUGUCAAUUAUAGCGACAAUAUGGGAUGGAUCAAAAUGGGCAACUAAUGGAGGAAAAUACCCUGUAGACUACAAAUAUGCUCCAUUUAUAACAUCAAUGAAAGGAAUAGAAUUAGAAGGUUGUAUAAAGCAUCAAAACUCUUCAGCAACUCCUUCAUGUUCUAGGAGAAGUGCUUCAAGUUUGGACCCUGUUGAUGGUGAAGGAUUUAUGAAAUUAUCACAGCAGCAAAUGACAGGGUUGGAUUGGGCUAGGAGAAAGCACAUGUUUUACUCAUAUUGUCAAGAUACUAAGAGAUACAAAGUUCCACCACCAGAGUGCACUGCUAAGUAAAGUAUUUGUAACUAAUGGACUUGAUUCUUUGUCUAUAA